AUGAAAAAUGUUGAACCCGUCACAUCACAAGAGCCAACAGGCAAAUAUUUGCAUCAACUUCUUCGGAAAUUGAAUUAUGGUGACUUGGAAAAGUAUCCAUCAUCAAAGGUUGAAAAUUAUAAUCUUCCUGUUGAUCCGAGCGUAUUGGACUGGGUUUUUCAUUGCAACAACGAUUCAACAAAGUUCAUUUGCAAAGUUUGUGAUUCCAUCUCUCAAAAUUACAAGAAUAGCAUCCUCACAGAGAGUGAAAUAUCGGAAUAUGAAGAUUUGGAGAGGUAUGGCACAGUAUUACUCGGAAACGAAUUGGAUCAAGCAUUAGAAUUGGGAAGUUUAUAUUACAAGAGCAAAGAUGAUGUUGAUAUUGAAGAAUUGGAAAAACAACUAGAAGAAUUAAAUGAUGAAUUGGAUACUCUAGAAAAUAGUUUGGAGAAAAGGAAAGUACAACGAGAUAAAUUAGAACAACAUUUUGGCACACUCAAGAAAAGAGGUUCUAGAAAUGAGCCACUCGAAAAAAAAUCAUCCAUUCUUCAAUCAAUUCAAACACGAAAUUCUGAAUUUAACAAAUCACUUUUGAAUACCAAACAAAAUGUCGAUGAGUUUGUAAAGAUCAUGACUAGCUCAGAAUCUAGCACAAACUUGUUAGCAAGUUCUGAUUUGACAUCAAUUAUUGAGGGAGAUACAGAGCUUAAGAAGGAGAUUGAACAUUUAAUCCAUCGAUACUAUGAAGAGAUGGAAUCUCACCAGCAACUCGAACAAGAGGAUGUUAAUAAUACUGAAAACGAGCAAAGCAAACAAUCCAAAGAACUCAAACGAUUAGCAUCCAUAUACAAAAUCACAGAAGAACAGUACUUGACAGCCCUUGUGACGAAUAGAAAAUAUCAAGCUGCUCUAGAAUGUGUGAAAAAUCAAAAAGACCACAUUCAAACAUACCAACACUUUGAUGCUACUACCUUAAUAGAGAAUAUUGACAAAACCUCAAAACAAAUAUCCUCCAUCAAGGAUAUAGUAAUUCAAUAUAUCAAUGUAGAUAUCCCAUUACUUGUCAAAGAUUUGACCGAGCUUCAUUCAAUACGUGUCAUUGAUGGAGACUAUUCUUUGAAAAUUGAAUCUGAAAAGAAGAGGAACGAAAAGUUAGAUUACAUCUUACAACAUAUUUUGAGAAGAUUAACUUGUGCGGAUUUGUUGAAAGAAGCUUUCAGUUUGGAAUACAAAAAUAUUUAUGACAAUUACUUGUUAAUUACAUGCAUCAUUAUUGAGCUGAAUGAGAUUCUCACCAAGUAUGAAAAGCGAUUGCAUCAUUACCAACGAUUACACGAGUUGUACACUAUUGACCAGCAACAAGAAGACGAUCAGCAUGAUAUCCUCCAUCCAAUCUUUGCUGAUUUAAACAUUUUACUGUCCAACGAUCAUGAAACAUUUAUUUCUAAUUCAUACCUAAAAACAAAAAGCUUAUCACACAUUUUGUUGACCUCUCUCAUCGAAAAUAGAAAAGAAGUAAGCACUCUCAAACAACAGUUGGAUGAACUUAUUGAUAAUGUUGUGCAAAGAAACGAAAAACUUGAACAUUGUCUUUUCCAUACCAAGCUUUCCUUCCUCAAAGAGAAUGAGGAAUCACAAUCGAUGCUUCCAACUCCAAUGCUCAUUCCCAAAGAAGUUAUUGAACAAAUGCAAUCUCUCAAGAUUCAAACUGACGAGUUGAGCAUUCUCAUGAAACAGGUAUUGGAAGAACAAUCACAGAAACAACAUUUAUUGCAAUCGGAUGAAUUUAUUCAAAAUGAACGAAGUCUUUCGAAAUUCACAGAUCUCCUCAAACACGAGUAG